GAGGUCCCUUCCAACCCUGAUAUUCUAUGAUUCUAUGAUUCUACUGCGGCCCCGGGAGGGGGGCCAGGGAGAACGCGCGGGGCGGGGCCAGGCCAGGGCCAGCCCCCGUCUCGUGCUGCGUGUGUUGAAGGUCGCGCGGCCUCUUGUUGCUGCAGCUGCUCCCAGCCCCACGGAACUCACUAGGUGCGCCCCGUUCCAGGGGGCUCUUCCCAGCCGGCUGGAGCAGGUGCCCCACGCCGGUCUCUCUGCGGAAGAAGGACGUCGCAACCAGCCUUUAAACCAUGAGCUCCUUCACGAUCCACUCCUUCCGGGAGAUGAUGAAAACUCUGCUGAGCUCAUCCAACUUUGAUCGGGUGUUAAAUAAGGUAUAGUUGUAGAUGACAGUUCUUUCUGCAACUCCUGGAAAGGUUGUUUGUGAAAUGAAAAUAGAGGAGGAGCACACAAACAGAGGUGGCACCUUGCAUGGAGGUUUGACUGCCACACUGGUAGACGUAGUGUCAACAGCAGCAUUGUUGUACACAGAAAGAGGAAUGCCCGGGGUCAGUGUGGAUAUGAACAUUACAUACAUGUCUGCUGCUAAGAUUGGGGAAGAGAUAUUGAUCACUGCUCAGAUUUUGAAGCAAGGAAGAAGUCUUGCCUUUGCCAGCGUGGAUGUAACAAAUAAGGCAACGGGAAAGUUUGUGGCACAAGGCAGACAUACAAAACACCUAGGACAUUAAUAUAAGAAAAUAUCUAAAAAGGAAAGUUUGUGCUUAAGAAGCUAGCAUUGAAUUUUUUUUUCUAAUUUAAGCUGUAUCAAGUCACCACGAUAUGAAGGCAGUUAAGAGGUCUAUGUAAAAUGAGUUGGUCCCAUUCCUAGUGGACAAGUGUUCACGUUGUAAUUGGCACUAAUUCUGAGCUUGUUGCAGUCUUGGUAGAGAGACCAAAAACUGAAGAGACAUGAAGACUUUUUUUUGUGCCUGAAGAUAAGAUCAAUGUUCAGGUUCGCUGGCGGGACUGUGUGGGGAAGCUUUCUGCUCCGCAUUCUGAACCUCUCAUGAAAACAUGUUUCCAAGCUCCAGGACUGUCAGUUCAUAACCUUUCAAAAACCAAAGCAACUAACAAACUGCAUUUCUUUUAUCCUAUGCUAUCAAGUGUUAAAGUAACAGGUGUUACAAGUGCUGUAUUGCUGUUUUAAAUUAUUAAUCUGAAAUAAGAAUAUUUUGCAAACAGGAAAUGUAAUACAUUGAGAACAUAAGUCUUUAUAUCUGGCAAAUGCCUAAUUCAUUAAAAAAAUUCAAUAAAUA